AUGUGAAUUUGUACGGAAGAUUGAUGUACCUUCCUCAUUGUUUAAACAUCAUUGCACCCAUGGGUGAAACUCAAAAUGAUGAUUGAGAUGACUUAAUUAGGAGAGACAUGUUAUUUGUUAAUGCAGUAAGAUAUUUUGGUAAUAUUAAUUAUAAGAAAAAGGAAUUUUUAAUACAAGACAUUAAGGAUUAAAGAAACGAAAAAGGAUGAGGCAGAAGUAUAAAAAAUAAAAAAUAAAAAAACAAGGAAGAUACAGUUAAACAAAGGUGGGGGUGUGAGAGGAGGUUGGGGAAAAAAAACAGAGGGGAAGAGUGUGGACUCUGGAAAAGUGAGUGCAGAGGAGGUAGCAGAGCAGCAGUUGUUUUUGCAUUUCUGGGUUUUGUAAUUGUAGAAAGACAGUAGAGAAAGCCUGCAAGAGAAUCAAAGAACCAAACAUGGCAAAGCUUAGGAAGAGACAAUCCUCAUAGAUUCACCUUUCUUUUUCAGUUUUUCUCCUUCUCUCUCUCUCUCUCUCUCUCUCUCUCUCUCUCUCUCUCUCAGUAACACUUUUCUCUGUCACACAAUUCCAUCUGGUUAAAUAUACCAUCCCUACUUUUUCCAACUCUACAACCACCCCACUCACAGAACAGAGAGGGAGAGAGAGAGAGAGAGAGAGUUAGUUGAAAAGGGGAGUCUUUAAGAGCUGAGAUGACAGUUGCAACAUGGGAACCUAGUUAAUCUCAAAAAAGGGUUCAGAGAGAAAAAAGAGAGCUUGCUAGAGCUCAGUUAAUAUCAGAAAAAGGUUGUGUUCUUGUGCCAUUGGUGGGUUUUCUGAGCUUCCCUCUUGUUGUUCAUGGAGUUGAAGAGACCGCACAGACUAAGGUUUAUGAUCAGCAAGCCCUGUCUUUUCUUCUUACUCUCAAUUUCUGCCCUAUUCACCACCAUCAACUCAAAUACAUGUCCAGAUAGCAGGUGUGCCUUGAAAGCCAAAGAUGGUACAUAUUUUCAGGAAUUUGGGAAGCAAAGUGGCAAUUAUAUGGAGGGGAGGAUCGAUAUGAGGGCGCAGAGGCUGAACAUUCCGUUGAGCAUGGCAAGGAGGUACUUGAGUGGACCUGGAUCGUCGCCGCCUCGGUGCACAUCCAAGUGUGGCAGGUGCACCCCGUGCAAGCCGGUUCACGUGCCGGUGCCGCCUGGGACGCCGGUGACGACAGAGUAUUACCCGGAGGCUUGGAGGUGCAAAUGUGGCAACAGGCUGUACAUGCCAUGAAAAUAUAUGAAUAAUGAUCAUAUAUCAUGAUUCUUGCUUCAUGAUAUUAUUUUGUUUGCGUUACAACUAAAGUAUCUACUUUCUAUCCUGAUCAUGCUUAUUGUUAAUCAAAAAAGGAAUAUUUAUAGGACUUCAAUUUGUGUAGAAAAAUAUAUAUACGUUAACAAUUUGACCGAGUAUAUUGUAUUAUGAUCGGUAUGGAAAAUAUUGUGCCAAGCAUUAUUGUGGCUGUGCUUUGAGUUCAUU